GUAACAUUUAAAAUAUAUGAAGUAAUUACAACCUAUAACAUUUUGCUACAUACGUGUCAUUAAUUAUCUUUCAUUUUCAAUCUGUAUUUUCAACACUCUUAACUUGAUGAUGGAUGAAAUUAAAAAUUGGGAAGAUAUAGAAAAUGAUGAAUUUUUUAAACAAUUUUCUGAUGGUGAAUCCAAAAAAGGUGAUAUCAAUCAAAUGUUAUCAGUGGCACAACAGAUAAAUAAAUUAGGACAAGCCAUUGAAAUAUUGAAUGCCGAAUUACAGAAGCAAGUAUUAGCUAAUCAUGAAGAUUUAUUGUCACAAGCAUCAUGGGUAGAAAAAUUGGAAGGUGUGCUUUCAAUAAUGCAGUUACAUGUUCAGAGCCUUUUAUCAGCUGUAGAACGUUUACGUGGAAAAAUUAUUGAUCCUUUUAAUAGAAUUGAGACUCAGACAAUUGUUCUAGCAAGGCUUCAUGAAACUUCUGAUUUGCUACGGAGAGUAGCUAGAAUGCAACAUUUAUCAAAACGUUUAUGUUCUCAAAUGACAAAUAAUAUGCAAGGUCCAGAUAUCAUAAAAGCUGCGAAUAGCCUUCAUGAACUUGAACAGUUGAUGAUGGAUACAGAUUUAAAUGGAUUAGAUGUUAUUGCUGAUGAUCAACAAGUUGUAAAAUCUCAUAGAACAACAGUACAGAGAAUAGCAACUCAUACUUUAUCUCAAGGUUUACAAACAAUGGAUAGAGCUAAAGUUAGUACAGCUGUACAGGUAUUUCAAAAUUUGAGAGUUGUAAAUGGAGCUAUAGAUAAUGUCAUAGAUUCUGCCUUAUCAGAGAUUGAAAAAAUUGCUUCAGAAUCAUUAGAUGUAACUUUAACAACAAAUCAAGACCUUGGAAAAAGAGCAGCACCUGGACGAGCUGCUAUUCCUUCUCCAGGAUCUUCUGGAAAUUUACGCACACGAAUUUGGGAAAAUCUUGAAAGACUUUUUCAAGAUACUCUUUAUACACACUGUUUACAAAUUGAACUAUUGCAAAGAAUACUAUUAGAACAUCAUGUAAAGGAAUUGGAUGAACUAUCACAGAAAUUUUGGGACAGAGUAAACACUCUGCUUUCUAAAGUAUUAAUUGAACGUGCACAAGGCUCAUCAUUUGUAAAACAAGCAUUAGAAGGUGAAUACCCAAAAUUUUUGAGAAUAUUUCUAGACUUGAGAAAACGUCUGAAGGAACGAUUACAGAGCAUUAGUAUUUACAAAAUCAAUCAUAAUGUAUUAUUACCAUUUGAAAACGCAUACUUAUCUCGCUCAGUAUCACGUCUAUUAGAUCAAGUACAUACUAUGUUUUCUGGUGAAGGAUUACCUACACAGGAUGAAAUUGAUAGUCUUAUACGCACAGUAACAAAUGAAUUAAGUGUGUCAUUGGUUGAUGAUGGCCUUUCAACAGUAGUUGCUCGUAAUGUAGGAAAAGCUAUAAGACUCUUUUGCUUAAAAUGUGAACAAGGAUUACUUGUGGGUGGAGAAGCUAGUCAAGUAAUUGAUUCUCCAACCACUGUUCAGCAAACAAAUGUGUCUCUUGCAAACCUACUUUAUUAUCUUUCUAGUCAAGUAACUCGUGUAAUAGCAAAUUUAUCUGGUCUCCCAUGUGAAGGAAAUUCAGUAAUUUCUGUAGCUCUUAAAGAAGUAGACGUAUUAACAAAAAACAUACUAUCGCCGUUGUUAGCAUCUAUUAGUGACGCAAUUGAAAGUAUUAUUUUAACCAUGCAUGAUGAUGCAGAAUUUCGAGAUCUGAGUAGCCCUAUAGGAAAAGAAAUUAAUUGCUCACUCUACAUGCGCGAAUUGCAAGGAUUUAUUUUACGUUCUGUAAAUACAUUUCUUAUGCCAUAUAAAAAUCAGGCAGUAGUUGCUGAAUGUUGUAAAUCUGUUGCUUCACGGUGCAUUGAACUUUUUGUAAGACAUGCUUGCAUAUUAAGACCAUUAACCGAUUUUGGAAGAGCCAAACUCAUUGUUGAUUUUAGUCAGAUAGAAAUAGCUGUUGCUCCAUUAUGUAGAGGAGGGCAGUUGGGAUCAUCAGAACAACAACAAUAUAGAACAUUACGAGCAUUAAAAGCACUGCUUCCACUUAGCCCGGAUGAUAUCGUCCAGAAAGUUUUAGGAGGGGAAGGGGAAUGUGGCAUACCUUCCUCUCUUGUUCUUUUACAUUUAUUUUCUACUGCACCACCUGAAUUAGUAUCUCCACAUCAGAGUACAAGUUGGUCUGUGGGUCGACUAUCUCAGUGGAUGGAUAAACAUCCAAAUGAAAGAGAUAGAUUAGCUUUCUGUAGUGGACCACUGGAACGUUAUCAGUUAACAGUCAGACAACAAAAUCUUCCAACAUUCCAUCCACUAUUUCCAUUAAUGAAAAAAUUAGCUAAUUUAAAUGAACAUUAAAAUUU